AUGGCUCCUCUCAAGGACGCCCACAUGGCUUGCAGUGUUCCCGCAAUUAAAAUGAUGGAACGUUCUCUCAAGGAAUCGCGAAACCAGUGCCUCAAGCUGCUCGACGGCCACAACAAGUUCGGCAAAGAGCAGCUCUGGACCAAGAAAGACGGCGCGGGUCAAGACCCCGAGACCGAGGAAGACAAAAUCCAAAUGAAGCUGGCGACGUUGGUGGAGUUCCAUAAAGACGAGCCAGCGUUCCCGCCAACCAACACGCGCCUCAGCGACGAGCUCGUCUACCUCGCCACCAAGUUCAUCAACGCCAAGGCGCGCGGCGAGCACUACCCCUACGACUUCACGGCCAACGGCGAAAUCCGCACGUCGCGGGUCCCGUCCGGCCCAGCUCCCAUCCUGUGGGCGCAUGGGCUGCCCUUCUUCCCUAUCUACAAGGGCUACUAUAUCCUCUGUGGCCGUGAGCACGCCCCGUGGAUCGGCUGGCGCCUGCAAGAGCGCAAAUCGGCCUCGGCCAAGGACCACCCAAUGUGGUCUGUUGGCGCGGUCGUCGCUCCUGCGUCGGCGGUGGCUGCCAAGCACACCGUGGAUCGCCAGCUGUUCUCUCACAAGGCCGAGGGCAAAGACAUCGACAAGAUCUACAAGGGCAAGGAUGGCUCCCGUGAUGUGAUCGCUUCCUCGCACCAUUGGUGCACUGUCCUCCCCAAGAGCGCUGAAGGCGUUGCUUCCAUUUGUCCGCUGUGGUCGAUAUGUGGCUACAACGUGCACUGUGGACCGCAGUCUGAGGACGACAAGACUGUCACGAUUAUGCCGCAGGAAUACUUCGCCAAGCACGGCAUCGAAGUUAAUUAUGCUGUGCUGGCCAAGCCCUACGCCAACAACAAGAAGCCCCGCGCUAUUGGGGCUCGAAGCGAUGUUGAUGGAGACUCGAAAGGCUACAUGGAAUCGAAUAUGGAGUUCGAGGACCUAGGCGACGAGGGCACGGACGAUGAAACGCCCAUCUCCAUGGAUUUUGUCGAAGAGGAAAAAGACCUGGGACUGCUCGGGCUCUCCGAAAAGGAGGAGAAGGAGAAGGAGAAGGAGGUUGCGGAGGAUGGCGAGAAGGACAACGAAGAGAAUUAG